UCUGUUUGUUACAAGCCUACUAGCCCAGUUCAGGUACUGGAAGACACUGGGUUUCUUUACCAGGAUCACCAGUUAUUUGCUGGCAGGCAUGAAGUUUCUCCGCUAACAGCUGAAGCGAUCAGUGCCAAAGAGAAAGCUGCCGAGGAGGCCCUCUGCACCCUGCGCCCACCCAGCUUCCGCCGGGUCCCAGAGGCGGAGAUGCGAGGGGCGGAGGAGGUGGCAGCCGGCACUGUCCUGCAGCGCCUGAUCCAGGAGCGGCUGAGGUAUGGCAACCCCAGUGAGAACAUGAACCUGCUGGCCAUACAGCACCAGGCAACGGGCAGCGCCGGCCCCUCCAACAGCACUGCCAGCACUCUCUCUUCCGCAGAAAACCUUGUGCCCGAAGAGACUUAUGGCGUGUCUGGCCAGAAGUCCAGGCCGGAGGGGAGGCCGACAGUGAACCGGGCCAACAGCGGGCAGGCGCAUAAGGACGAGGCGCUGAAGGAGCUGAAGCAGGGCCAUGUCCGCUCGCUGAGUGAGAGGAUCAUGCAGCUCUCACUGGAGAGGAAUGGGGCCAAGCAGCACCCCUUGGCCCCAGGGAGCGGGAAGGGCUUCAAGGCAGCCCCGCUGCCCGCCAAGGCCACGGACCCACGGGGCCCACCACCGGAGUACCCCUACAAAGGCAAGGCGGCGGCCCCUGGCAGCAAGACACAGGAGCACGGGCUCUUCUAUGGCGAGCAGCCAGCACAGGAUGUCCUCAAGGCCUCCUACACUGCCCCCCAGCCUGCCCGGGCAGAGGUGGCCCUUGUUCGCUACCAGCCACCCCCGGAGUAUGGGGUCAGCAGCCGACAAUGCCAGCCCUUCCCGCCACCGCCGGCCCAGCAGCACAGCCCCAUGUCCUCGCAGGCCAGUGCUGGCCCUCUGCUCUCAGGCACCUUGCCCCCGCUGCCGGCCCCCACCGCGGCCCAGCCGCCCACACCGACACCGCUGGGCCAGCAGCUGACACCCGACGCCUUCGCCAUCGUGGAGCGGGCGCAGCAGAUGGUGGAGAUGCUCUCUGAGGAGAACCAUGUGCUGCGGCAGGAGCUGGAGGGGUACUACGAGAAGGCAGACAAGCUGCAGAAGUUUGAAAUAGAGAUUCAGAGGAUUUCAGAAGCUUAUGAGGGCCUGGUCAAGACUACCACUAAGAGGGAGUCUCUGGACAAAGCGAUGAGAAACAAACUCGAAGGAGAAAUUAGGAGACUUCAUGACUUCAACAGGGAUCUCCGUGAACGACUGGAGACAGCCAAUAGGCAGCUAGCCAGCAGAGACUUCGAUGGGCACGAUGAUAAGUCAACAGAGGGCCUUUAUGUCACUCAGAGUGAGUACUGUGCUAAUUUGUUUUGA